CGACGAAAGACCGAACACUGCACCUGAUCUGCGGCUCAGAUUCGUUACAACCCCUUCUCUCCCAUCGUAGGAAGUGAUCUAGGUGGCCAGCCCCUUCCGUUCCAUGUUCAAUGGUCUUUCUUGGCCAACUGGCCAAGUGCUUCCGCGCUCCGGACAGGACGGCCGCCACUGUCACCGAUAAUGCUGAUUCGAACCACCCGUUCACCGCUGUGGCCGAGCCCGCCGUGGCAUCGCAUGGCGCGGCGGCAGCUAUGGACAAUGAGCUAGCCAUGGAAACGGCGAGGCCGCAAUAUCUCCAUGCUAUGCUCGCCGGCGGACUCGGGGGGACCACGGGCGAUAUGCUGAUGCAUUCGCUGGACACGGUGAAGACGCGCCAGCAAGGCGACCCGCAUAUGCCGCCAAAAUACACCUCCAUGGGUGGCAGUUACUAUACCAUUUUCCGGCAAGAAGGCUUCCGAGGCCUGUAUGGAGGAGUGGCUCCGGCGUUUCUGGGCUCGUUCUCGGGGACCGUCAUCUUCUUCGGCACGUACGAAUGGAGCAAACGACUCCUGUUAGACAGCGGCAUGAAUGCAUCGUUGGCAUACUUGAGCGCAGGCUUCAUCGCAGACUUGGCGGCGUCACCCCUCUACGUCCCGUCCGAAGUGCUGAAGACCCGCCUCCAGCUCCAAGGACGACAUAACAAUCCGUAUUUUAAGUCGGGUUAUAACUAUCGGUCCAUGCGGGACGCUGUGCGCACCAUUUACAGAGGGGAGGGACUUCCCGCGUUGUUUUACGGCUAUAAGGCUACCUUGAUCCGAGAUCUUCCCUUCUCAGCAUUGCAGUUCGCAUUCUACGAGCAAGAGCGCGCGUUCGCCCAACGAUGGAUGGGCUCGAAAAAGAUCGGUCUACCCCUGGAGCUCCUGACCGGCGCGUCAGCGGGUGGCAUGGCGGGGGUUUUGACAUGCCCGUUAGAUGUGGUCAAAACCCGAAUCCAAACCCAGCAUAACCCCUCGUCCAGCGCAACCGCAACUUCGGGGAGCGCCGUUCUCAAAUCGACCGCACCAUUACCGAAUACUCUCCAACACCCGUCGUCAAAACACCCCACCUCCCAUGUCUCCCCGCCGACGCAGGAGACCAGCCAGCGAUCUAACCGCCCCAUAUCCACCUCCUCGCCAUCGACGACACUACGAAAUCCCUCCGCAGUCACUUUGGAUACCUCAUCGGUCAUGACCGGCCUGAGAAUCAUCUACCGGACCGAAGGAUUCGCAGGCUGGUUCCGCGGUGUGGGCCCUCGGUUCGUUUGGACGAGCGUCCAGAGCGGCACGAUGCUCGUCAUGUACCAAGUGCUUCUCCGAUGGUUCGAACAACAUCCGCUCAUGGAUCGAUAACCUGGGCUUUUCAGUGGCCUUUGCGCGACUCUGUACUGUUGUCAGGUUCGGGGAUCUGCCGCAUUUCUUGGAGUUACGGCUACGGAGUAUCGCACCGCCCUCGAGAUUCGAAGGACGAAGGUGCGUUGGAUUUGGUGAUGAUAUGGCUGAUCAAUAGAGUUGGAAAACGCCCGCGCCUCUCCGUGUAUAACAACUGUCGAAUAGAUAUUUGUAAUAGGAAGCAAUCAUGUUCUUCCAUCCUUUUC